UUACAUUUUACGGUUGAGUAAUAACAAUUUGUCGCUCAGUACCGGUCCAAGAGUUCUCAGGGAAGAACUCGAAUGUGGUGGUGGUGGACACCACACAGAGAAGAAGAAGAAGAAGAAGUCGCGUAGUAAAUCGCGAAGUCGAUCGGCGGAAUCGGAAUCUAAACGAUGAUUCCAUCGCGAAUAUUGGCCGCCAACUGUGCUCGGCCCUUUACCCGGCUGGCCCGGGCACAGUUCAGUUCCGAGGGGCUUCCGAUCCAGCACAACGAAGCGGAGUUCGAAUUCCAGGCCAAACUGCAGGGACAGAAAGCGUUCCUCAGCUAUCGGCUGGACAAGGGCAAACGUCGGAUCAGCUUCGACCAUACGGAAGUGCCGGCUGUUUUCCAGGGCAAAGGCGUUGGACGGAAGUUGGUGCAGAAAGCGUUUCAAUAUGCGGUUGAGAAGGAUUUGAAGAUCCAGAUACACUGUGACUUUGCGUACAAAUAUUACAAAGAUAACGAGGAUCAAUUCAAAGAUCGAGUAAUUGAGUAGACUGUGGCUAAGGCAGGGAAAAUCGGUAACCAAAGACAAAAACCAGUGGCGAAACAUUAACGAAUUUAAUUUGUCCCUUAGUAAGUAUCUACCUUAAACUACAACUAGAAACAAAGUUGGACUAUUUAGAUUGCUUCAAGCAUCGAAAAUAAACUUGUCAUAGUAUA